GUAAAGGAGGAGGUCUUCUCGGGCAAACUGAACCGAGUCCCUCUCCACCCUUUUCGCUCAGCGUUGCAAACCUACCUCAUCCGUCAACAGCUUUUUACUCUAAUUCUACAUUAUAUCGUUUAUUUACCGGAUUUCACGCUGCACCGAACUGUGAGGACUUUUCUACGACUUGUUUUUCAAGCUGCACUGCGGACAUUUCUUUGAAAAUCAAACGGGACCAUCCAAACUGCUUGAAACCAGAAGUGCCAACCACAGGAAUCGGGUUGUGUGUAUGUGAGUGUGUGAGUGCGUGCGUGUGUGUGUGUUGCCACUGCAGUAUAGUUGCCCAAUUUGUGUGUCUGUGUGGAGCUGCCAGAGGCCUCUACAGAUCUCCCUCUCCGUUUAACCAUGUACCAAGUCGUAAGGAAGCUGUUUUUUACGGACUGCCAGUGCGCAGAAGAUGCGCCGAAAAUAUACGAGGAGCUGUUCGCCAAGCUCGACACCAACAAGGAUGGGAAAGUGGAUGUGUCCGAGCUGAAGGCAGGCCUGGCUGCCAUGGGCAUCAAAACCGGGAAAGGAGCAGCUCAGAAAAUUAUUUCUUCUGGAGACCAGGACAAAGAUGACGGGCUGGACUUCAAUGAGUUUUCCAAGUACCUAAAGGAACAUGAGAAGAAAUUACGGCUGACCUUCAAGAGCCUGGACAAAAACAAUGAUGGUCGAAUAGACUUCAUGGAGAUAAAGCAGUCACUCGCUGAUCUGGGAAUGGAAAUCACUAAGGAGGAUGCAGAGAAGAUCCUUAAAAGUAUUGAUGUGGACGGCACCAUGACUGUGGACUGGAAUGAAUGGAGGGAGCACUUCCUGUUUAACCCGGCCACCAACCUGCAGGAGAUUAUUCGCUUCUGGAAGCACACCACGGUGCUGGACAUCGGUGACAGCCUCACCAUCCCAGAUGAGUUCACAGAGGAGGAGAAGACGACUGGUUUGUGGUGGAAGCAGCUGACGGCAGGAGCCAUGGCGGGCGCUGUGUCCCGUACAGGAACCGCCCCGCUGGACAGAAUGAAGGUCUUCAUGCAGGUGCAUGCUUCUAAGAGCAACAAAAUCAGCCUGGUCGGUGGUUUCAAGCAAAUGUUAAAGGAAGGAGGCGUGACGUCUCUGUGGAGAGGAAACGGCAUUAAUGUCCUGAAGAUCGCCCCCGAGACGGCCAUUAAAUUCAUGGCGUAUGAGCAGUAUAAGAAGCUGCUGGCCAGUGAACCAGGAAAGAUCCAGACCCACGAGAGGUUCAUGGCUGGAUCGCUGGCUGGAGCCACAGCGCAAACUGCCAUCUACCCCAUGGAGGUGAUGAAAACCCGUCUGACCCUGAGGAAGACUGGACAGUACUCAGGAAUGUUUGACUGUGCCAAGAAAAUCCUGAAAAAGGAGGGAGUGAAGGCAUUUUACAAGGGCUACAUUCCCAAUAUUCUGGGCAUCAUUCCCUAUGCUGGCAUAGAUCUGGCUGUGUACGAGAGCUUGAAGAACUUCUGGUUGUCCCACUACGCCAAAGACACAGCCAACCCAGGUGUUCUGGUGCUGCUCGGCUGUGGUACCAUAUCCAGCACAUGUGGUCAGCUAGCCAGCUACCCUCUGGCUCUGAUUCGUACCAGGAUGCAGGCACAAGCUUCCAUAGAGGGCUCAGAGCAGCUGCCGAUGAACCUGAUGGUGAAGAAGAUUCUGGAGAAGGAGGGCUUCUUUGGACUUUAUCGUGGCAUCCUGCCCAAUUUCAUGAAGGUCAUACCGGCUGUCAGCAUCAGCUACGUGGUGUAUGAGUACAUGAGGUCUGGCCUGGGGAUUCAAAAGUAGGCAGCAAAAAAAAAAAAGUCAUCUGUGAUUACCAGAGUGUGAAAGGAUGUGCAGCAAUUUUGUAUUUCAAAACAUUUCCCUUCUUACAUAUUAGGGAAACUGUCAUGUUAAGAACUUUACCUGUAGGUCACCAACGUCUGGACUCUGCUGCAGAUGGAGCCACUGUAGAAGUUUUUAAAGUGACUGCAGGACUUGUUGAGCCACUACAGUAAAGAAGCUGUUUAGAAAAUCCUGCAGAACUCGCAUGAUAAUAAUUAAUAAGACUUCUACAGUGUUUCCAUCUGUAUGGGGUUUGUCCAGGCUGCGUUUACGAUGCGCCCGCAGAUUUAAGUGCACUGUCAGUCUCAGGGCAUAGUUUUCAUUUAAUCAACCAAAGAACUUAAAAAAUACAAACACUCUGAGAGCUUAUUUUUGUUUGGUUUAAUUGUUGGUUUAAGUAGAAAUGUCAAUGUUUUUAUAUAAGUCUCAUUUUACGCGUGGGUCCCAUUGAUGUCACUCCACCACAAAUGUGUCACAUGUUCCUCUAAUAUUUGACCAAAAAGCACCUUAUUGUACCAAACUUGAGUCUGGGGGAGAAAUCCAAGAUAUCACCUGCUAAAAUGGAGUCACAGUUUUUUUCUUUCUCUUCUCUAUGAUUAUCAGAAGUAGUCAGAAAGUCAGAAAGUCUCAUUUUUCAUUUUUUUUCCAGAAUCUCAUCCAGAUUUAUACAGCUCCCCCUGAAAUUUUGGAAGUGCAAUACUGUAUUUACACAUUGGACAUUCACUGUUAUGUCUUUUGGCAAAUGAUUUCACUUGAGUGUUGUUGGUUCCACAAAGGUCUCCUUUACACAGGACAUUAUUAAGGCACCUUUCUAGUGAGUUUGGUGAACAGGGGAGUAAUGUGCCUUACAUGAUUUUUCUCAGACGUCCCGUUUUUUUGCCUUUCUUUCCAAUAUUUGGUUCAUUAGAUGCUGGUGUUUACAGUAAUAAACCAAUUUGAAUACAAA